AUGUUAAGAACAUCCCUAAAGAGUUCUAGUUAUCGCAGACUGCGAGCUCUAGUUCAACGACUUUUACCUCAAAUCCAAUAUGCAUAUAUAAACACGAGGUCUGAAUCAAAAACAUUGGCUCAAUCAGCUGUUGCAGUCUCCCCAGUUAGUCGAUUACUCGAACCUUUAAAAUCUGAACGAACUGAAAGUAAUGCAAAACAUAGUAUAUCAAAGUUAACCCAAAAGUCUUUUAGUGAGAUCGAACAGACGGAAUUUACAGCACCUGCAGCAGAAAGACAGCCUGGCUAUUAUAGUUCUAAAGGAGACAAUGUCAUAAGACAACCUUUUGCUCGGGAAAUCAACUAUCUCAAGUCAUUGAUGGAAAGCUUUGUUAGUGAUCAAUAUUACGAAAAGGCCUACCCUCUUUUGAAAACCUUGAGCGGCUUGGUUACACCUGAAGAGUUUACCAAAUUUGCUAAUAUAUACUUGGAAGCACUUGUUCAAGAUGAGAAAGUAAGUGUCCGUGAACUCGAACAAGUAAUCGAUAAAAUGCAGAGAGAAUGUCAUUUUGAACUGAAUAAUAGAACAAGAGCAUUAAGAUUGACCAAAUAUUUAGAAACUGAUCCCAAGUUUGAUCUUGAUGAAUUUUUCAGAAUUCCUAAAAUUGAAGAUAUCAGAAGCACACUUUCAAACGUUGACAUAAUCGGGGUUGAUAAUUUAUAUACAAUCUUUGAUCAUCCAAAGGCCCAGACUUGGAUUCCUAGUGAAUUGAAAGAGCUGUAUCAUGAAUACGAUUUAAAUAAAAACAAAGAAAUUGUUGAAGAUACCAAAAAAUUACAAGAAAAAGAUGGAAGUAUUAGAUCAUUAGAAAAAGAUGAUCUUUCUGAAUUGGAAGCUGUUGAUUCAUUUGGAUUGCAAAUUGUCAGACACAGUUUAUUAGGUUUGGAGGCUAGUCCCGACAAAAUUGCCGUAUUUACUAGCGAUAUCAAAGAAAUAAUCAAGGACAUGACAAAUGAAGAAAGUAAACAAAAGAUCACGUCCGGAAAAUUGAACUAUUUUGAAAUGUACCAAUUGCUAGAAACUCAAGAACAGCGUGACCAAUUCAACCAUGCCCUUGCAAACUUCAACCUCGAUAGACAAAAGCAAAUGGAGAUCAGAGGUGUUGAAGGGGCUAAGGAGAAAUGGAAGCAUGAAUAUGAAGAAACUAAAAAGAGAGAUUCGAUUAUGUCAACUAAGAACUUGAAUGCUCAAUUAUACGAAUGGUAUCAAAAACUUGUUCCACUCUUACAAAAGGAAAGACAGGAAUGUUUAGAUUUGAUCGAUGAUAAGGCCACUAAUCAAAAAAGUUCUGAAAAUAAAGAACGAGCGGUUUAUGCCCCUUUUUUUGUUAAAAUUGAUCCUGAAAAGGCUGCAAUGACCACCAUAUUAGAGGUUAUGAAAUUACAAUCUACGGGAGGUAUUUCUAAUGGUAUGAGAGCUUUAACUGCAUUGCAAUCUGUUGGAAAAGCAUUAGAAUACGAUUAUAUCACUCAAAAAUUAUCUAAAAAGGAUUUGAAACGUACUCAAACUUCAAAACAUAAAGGAUCAAGGUUGUUGUUGAAUCUUGUCCGUAAUGCCGCCGAGGGAGAUCCUAACGAAGAUUUUGGAUGGAGUCAAGAUAUAAGUAUUAGACUAGGUGCAGUGUUUGUAUCAUUCUUGAUGGAAGUAGCAAAAGUUAGAGUCAGUAGACACACCGUUGAAACUGAACAGAGUGCAUUUUUUCACAGUAUUCAGUAUAUCGGUGGUCAACGUAUUGGGGCAAUUAAACUCCAUUCUGACUUAGUUAAAAGUAUCAACAGGUCUUCUCUUGACAGUUGUGUCCAACCUCAACAUAUGCCAAUGCCAGUUAAACCAAAAGAUUGGGAUGGCUAUUAUGGUAGAGGGCAAGUUAUGUCACCUUUAGUUAGAGUCAGGGACUCCCCUGAAACUGCUGCUUACGUUAAAACAGCAGCCAGGAAUGGAAACCUUGAUCAAGUUUAUGCUGGAUUAAAUGUCUUGGGUAAUACUGCAUGGACUGUAAAUAAAGAUAUUUUUAAGGUUAUCAGUCAUUAUUGGAAUACGGGUAAAGAAUUUUUAGAUAUCCCUGGUGUUCUAGAUAAACCAAUAUUGCCACCAAAACCUGAAAGAAGCGACGAUCCUUCAAUUAAAUAUAAAUAUCGAAAGUUAGUUACCCAAUUAAAGUCUGAAUUUUCUACCAUGAGAUCUCAAAGGUGUGAUGCUAAUUAUAAAUUGGAGAUUGCCAGAGCUUUUAUCGGUGAAAAAUUGUACUUUCCUCAUAAUUUAGACUUCAGAGGCAGGGCAUAUCCUAUAUCACCACAUUUCAACCAUUUAGGUGGGGAUAUGACCAGAUCUUUAUUCUUAUUCUGGGAUGGUAAAGAAUUAGGAGAACGUGGUUUAAGAUGGUUGAAAAUCCAAUUAGCUAACUUGUACGGUUUUGAUAAAGCUCCAUUUGAUGAAAGAGUUAAAUUUGUCGAGGAUAACUUGCAGAAUGUAUUCGAAUCAGCUAAGAAUCCUUAUUCUGAAGACGCAUGGUGGAAGAAAGCUGAUAAACCAUGGCAAGCAUUAGGUGUUUGUUUUGAUUUGCGCCGGGCUUAUAAAUUACCUGAUCCAACCAAAUAUGUUUCUCAUAUGGCAGUACAUCAAGAUGGUACCUGUAAUGGGUUACAACAUUAUGCUGCAUUAGGUGGGGAUUUAGAAGGGGCUCAGCAAGUUAAUUUGGCUAGAGCUGAUAGACCACAAGAUGUCUAUGCCUAUGUUGCUGGAAUUGUUCGAGAGCUUCUUGAGAAAGAUGCACAGAAAAACAACAAAUAUGCAUUGUUUUUAAAGGAUAAAAUUAAUCGUAAAGUUGUUAAACCUACAGUUAUGACUAAUGUUUACGGUGUUACAUAUAUUGGAGCAUUAGCCCAAGUUCGUAAACAAUUGGAAGAUUAUUUCCCUGACAACCAAAGAGAUUCACUUCAAGAACAUGCCAGAUAUUUAACCACUCAUGUCUUUGCAGCAAUUAGACAAUUGUUUGAAAAUGCACAUCUUAUUCAAGAUUGGUUAGGAGAAUCAGCUAGAAGAAUUUCUAAAUCUGUUAGUAUUGAUUAUAAAGAAUCAGACAACGUGGCAUUGCAUUCUUCAGCAGUUAUAUGGACAACACCAUUGAAUUUACCAUGUGUUCAGCCUUAUAGAAAAGGUACUUCUGAGUCCCUCAAGACCGCGGUGCAAACAUUAACCAUUAACAGAAUCGAUGGUGCAGGUAUGGUUGAUGGUAGAAAACAAGUGGCUGGAUUCCCACCAAAUUUUGUUCAUUCCUUGGAUGCAACUCACAUGAUGAUGACUGCUGCUGCUUGUGGGGAACGUGGAUUAAAGUUUGCUUCGGUUCAUGACUCCUUCUGGACUCAUGCCGCUGAUGUUGAUACUAUGAAUGAACAGAUUAGAGAACAAUUUGUUAAAUUACAUUCUUCAAAUUUAAUCAGUCUUUUGAAAGAAGAAUUUGAAAUUAGAUACAAAGAUAACUACCAAUUAAUUAAAAUUUCAUCAAAGCAUCCCCUCGUCAAAUCAAUUAAGGAGCUUAAGCAACAAUGGACAAAACAAUUGAACAGACCCAUCACACUUGGUGACGAACUAUAUAUGGAAAGAACACGGUUAGAAUUUUUAAACUCUGAUGACCCUCAAAAAAUUAAAGCGGCUCAGGACAUGGUUACUACCAUUAAGCUAGCACAUGAGUAUGAAGGUGAAAUUGAAGACGUUAAUGACAGAGGUACCUAUGAAAUUUUAAUUCCUUUAAAAUUCCCCGAAGUGCCUCCCAAGGGUGAAUUUGAUGUUAACCGAGUUAAGGAUUCGUUAUACUUCUUCUCAUAG